AUGAAUGAUAUAGACAUUGAAGAAUAUAAUAGUAACAUCAUUCAAGAGUUAAAUGCAGCUGAGGAGGAAGGAGAAUGUUCAUUAUCAAUAUUUUUACAUGAUUUAAUAGAAAUAGAUAUUGAAUCUAAUUUUACUUUUAAUUAUAAAGUUAUAGAUAGAAUUAUAGAUAUAUGUAUUAAUUCUCUAAAUAGUCAUAUGACUUUAUUAGCUCAUGAAUGUAUGUAUUUUGUUCGAUAUUGUAUUAAUAAAUGCAUUAACAUUAAAGAUGAAAUAAACGAGAAUUUCUUUAAAAAUUUAAAUAUUAUAAUAGAUAUAUGCUUAAAUGAAAACAAAUUUUCAGAUGAUAGCUUUUUAUUAUUUGAAAGAACAUUUUUCUUUUUUGUCUUAGAUUUAAAUAACGUUACAAAUUUAAUAGAAAUAUGGAAUCGUUAUAAUGUAGAACUAAGUAAUUUUUAUAAAUCCUUAUUACAUAUUAUAUCAUUUCAUUUAUCCUUAUUAAAUGAAAUUUUAAAUAAUUUAAAAACAGAAGAAAUUGAUAUUAAUUACAUUCAGAAAGGUUAUUCUCGUAUUAAAAUAAUAGAAAUAGCUUUUGAUUUAUUAUUGAAUAUUUUUCAAAAUACAGAAGAGAUACAAAAUAUUAAUAAUUUUGAAAAUUAUAUAAAUAUUAUUAUAAAAGAAUACGAAAAUGUACCUGACAUAGAAAUAAAAAAAAAAAUUCUUUCUUUACUUAAAAUUAUACAUAAAUACACUACUGAAAAAAAAAUUGACAAUUUUACCUUUCGUAGUCAGGUAAAUAAUUUAAUAAGUAAAAAAAUAAAUUAUUAUUUGACUUUAACAAAAGAAAAAGAUAUAAAUAUAGAUUAUUUAAAAGAUAAUUCAUAUAUAUAUAUAAAUAAUAGUAUUAUUUUUGUUAAAACAUUUAAUCAUAAUCAUGAGGAAAAGGAAGUGUUGGACAAAAUAAUUUUAACUCCAAAUGGCUAUAAAGGUAGUUUAUUAAUGAAUAUAUUUUAUGCAUAUUUUUAUAAUACCAAGAAUAAAUUACUUAUGGUGCUAUCAUAUGACAGAAUGAAAAUAAAAGACGAGGAAAAUUCAAAAAUAAUUACUUUCUACUUUAAAAAAAAUGAUGCUAUAGGAGUUCUCUCUAAUAAAUUAAGAAAAAAUUUUGAAGAUCGACUUCUUGAUAAUGUGGAAAUAUCUAUAAGUUUUAGUGCAGAAUCGAUAAAAAAAAAAGUAAAUAGUUUAAUAAAUAAUGUAAUAGAAAUUGAAAAUAUUAGUGAUGAUAAUGAUGAGAAAAAAGAAGAAGGGGAAGGUAUUUAUUUAAAAGACAAUUUAUAUUUAAGUAAAUUAAAAAAUGAUAUAAACAAUGACCCAAAUAAGUUAAUAAAAAAUAACGACAAUAGUAAAGAAAAAGUUGAAAGAAGGAAAGUUAGUUUUGCAACAACAAAAGAAAUUUGUUUAUUAAAUGAUAAUAUUUCAGUUAAAACUAAAACUGUAUUAUUAGAUGAUUCAUUAAACAACAUAGAAUGCAAUAAUAAUGAUAUAACAAAUCAUGAUAAAAGUUUGGAGAUUAAAAACUUAGUCAACAAUGAUAUAUUGGAUUCAUUAUUUAAUAAUUCAAUGAACUUAAAUGAAAAUAUUUCAUUAAAAAAAGGAAAUGAGGUCAAAACAAAUGAAGGUAAUCCUAAAAUUAGUUAUGCAACUACUAAGGAUCUAAUAAAAGAAAGCGAUAUAUAUGAUGAUGAUAGUAUGGGUAGUAAUCAGUUUUAUGAAUGUUCAUUAAAUGAAUCAUCUACAAUGAAUGUAUGCAAUUUAAGUAAAACUUUUAAUGAAAAUAUGUGUGCAUUUAAUAAUGAAAUGGCUUUAAAUAAUCAUGAAAAUGUAUUGACAGUCAAUUUAUUUGAAGAAAAAAAUAACCAAAAUACUAAAUUAAAUAAUUAUAGUCAAAAUCAGAAUAUAAUAAAUAAUGUAAUAAAUGAUAAUUCUCCUAAAAUGCAAAAUUCAAAUAACAAAAAUAUAAAAAUGGAUAUUCAGGUAGUACGAAAUAGUUCAGUUCAAAACAAAACAUACCAUAAUCAUAGCGAAAAAAAUGAGGAAAAUUAUAUAAAUGAAUGUGAAAGAAAUGAAAAUAAAGAAAAAAAAGUUGAUAGCUAUGAAAAAAAAGAUGUUAAUAAAAAUAUUGAUAAAAAGAAUAUGCAUAAUAAAGAAGCUUCUGAAAUAAUUCAAUCAAAGAAAGAUAAUAUAAACUCUAAGUGUGAUUUAGAUAAAAACAUAAAUAAAACAAAGAAUAUAUUAAAAAAUUUUGGUAGUGGAGAUAAUCAAAAAAACUUGUUUCAUGAUAAUACUGUGGAAAAUUUGAAAUUUGAUACAGAAAAUGAAGGAAACACUUCAAAUUACUCACAAAACAUUUAUUUAAAUAAGAAUGACAACAUUAUCAAAUCUCCCAUUGAAAUAGUUAAAGAAUUACUUAACUAUGAUGAAAAACAAAAAAGCAUUGAUGAAUGCAUACAAAGCUUAAAAAAAUAUGAUGAAUGUAAUAAAAUGAGGAUAUCAAAUGAUACUAAAAAUGAUAAUAUUCUAAUUAGUAAAAUAGAUAAUAUAUGCAAAGAGAAAAAAGAAAAUUUAGGGAAUAUAUCAUGUCAUGGAAGUAAAAUGUAUUCUAAAAAAACAUAUAAAGAAGAGAAACAAAAUGAAUUAAAAAUAAAGAACAUUUUAGGUGAAAAAGAAUUAUCUGAAAAUGUGAAUACAUAUAAAAACGAUAAAAUAGAAAAUGUGAAAACGUUUGAUGAUAUACAAAAAAAUAAUAGAAAUGCAACAAAAGAAUAUUCAGAAAUUGUAAGUAUAUUAGGAAAUGAUGAGCCAAGUAAUGAAAUUAUUUUAAAUAAUGAAGUACAAAAAGAACAUAAAUUAAAAGAAUCACAUAUAGAACAAAAUUACUUAAGUAGCAAAAAUAAAAAAAGAAUAAGCACAAAUACAUUUAAUAAUAGCAAUGAUUACUAUCUGAAAAAUAACAUUGAUUCACCUUAUCCUAUAAAAAAGGUAAAAUUCAAUAAUUAUGAUUCUGCCUUUUUAGAUAUAUUAAAAAAGGAAGAUAAUUUAGAAAAUUUAUCAGCUAAAUAUUUAAUAAAGGCUUAUACAUUAAUUCAAUAUAAUAAAAGAUAUAUAAAAAUACAAAUCAUAGAUUAUUUUAGAUAUAUAAGGAAAGAAAUUUUACAAUCGUACGAACAAAUAAAUAUGAAAUACAGCAAUUUAUUAAAAGAAUUGCAAUUAGAAUAUGAAAUGAGAUUUCAAAAUGUUAUAUCAAAAUAUUCGAAUCGUUUAAUUACAAAGAAAAAAAAUAUUAAUAUGAAUGUACCAAAACCAAUUGAUUUAAAUUUAAUUAAAGAAAAAUUUGAUUCUCUCUUUGAUACUUUUAACAUAGUUCAAAGAACUAUGAAAGAUAAAAUCUCAAAUUCUAAAAUUUUAAUGAAAUACAAACAAAGUGAUAUAUAUACACCUUCAUUUUCAUUAGGCACAAUUAUAUCAAAACAUUCUACAUAA